AUGCAGAUGCCCGACAUGCCCAUCAAUGUCGAGGUCGACCCCAACGAGGACACAGAAUGGAACGACAUCCUGCGCAGCAAAGGCAUCAUCCCCGAGAAGCCGCCGUCGCCCACACCGAUGAUCGAGGAAGCGCUCAACGAGGCGCGCCGACUUGCACACGAGAACAGGUUGGAGGGGAAGGAGCUAGACGAGCUGGCAGAGCUGGAAGACGACGAGGAUGAGGACUUCCUGGAGAGCUAUCGCCGAAAACGCAUGAAUGAGCUAUCCAGCAUCACUAACGCAUCGAUCUACAACCAAGUGUACCACCUGCAAAAGCCCGACUACAGCCGCGACGUGACUGAAGCGAGCAAGGAAUCGCACAUCUUCGUCCUCCUCACGUCCACGACGGGGACAAACACCGAAUCCCGCGUCGCAGCGGAGUCGUGGACGUUGCUCGCGCAGCGCUUCGGCGACGUCAAGUUCUGCCAGAUGCGCGCCGAUCUGUGCAUCGAGGGGUAUCCCGAUCGCAACACGCCGACUGUGCUGGUGUACCGCGACGAACAGAUUGUGAAGCAGAUUGUGACGCUGCGCGAGCUGGCAGGGCUGCAGACCAAGGCUGCGGACUGGGAGAAGCUGUUGGUUGAUCUUGGCGCGGUGAAGAUUGGCGAUAGUAGGCUGAGCCGAAGACCGGGGCAGGAGGACGAAGGUGAGAAAACGACGGGGAUACGGCAGGGCAGGACUAUGGCGCAGGCGGAUGGUGAUGACAGUGACUGGGAUUGA